AUGGGGAAACCAGAUUGGCAAGGAGAUGGUAAAACAACCAUCUUGAUCAUCGCCGGGUUCAUGUGCCUUGGCUUUAUUCCCUUCUACAUCUUUCGUAGCCUCAAACAGGCUGGAUGGGGACGAUGCCGGGGCUCCUUUGAGAAGCGCGGAUGGCUUAAGCCCGUCAAGGCCGAGGAGGACGAACUGAUGAAACAGCAUCAGCGCCCCAUGGCUCCCAAGCGUCUGCAAUCGGCCAUCCCGGCAGUCCUCAAGAAGCUCGAGAAAACCUACAAGGCUCCAGCCCAUAUCACGGCAAACGAUCACCCAGCCAACUGGAACUCUGCUUCUAACCGAAACUCUGGGGCAAGUUGGGACCCCGUCGGAAGGCAUCAUCAACCUUCCAACCGGGACUCCGGAAUAAGCCAGUACACCGACUCGGUCAGAACCCACCACGGCGUGUCCCUGGCCCAUCCAGAGCCGUCGGCCCCUCCCAACACCAGAACCUACAACUCCGCUCGAAGCAACUGGAUGACCACCGGCUCCUCCGUGCCUAGCAUCGACUUCGCUGCCACGGGAGCAGCCUACAAUGGUCGGUCUGGUCCCCCCCAUAGCCAUGACAACAAGCGAGCGUCCGUCAUCAGUAGCUCUUCCUUGGAAGGGACCGCCAUCCCGGAAGACUUGAAGGAGCAUAGCCACGACGGCAACAACGGCGUCACCUACCAGUCUCUUGCGUCCAUGGCCAAGGGUAAGAUGACCGAUGGCAGCUACGACCACACUGCCAGAAGGAACGGCAUAGAUCACGGACACGGCACCGGCACCGGUGUCUGGCUUGAGACUUCUGGCAGCCGAGGAGCGGAAGAAGGUCGAAGCGGAACCGCCGUUGCCAGCGGCUCUGGAUCAUCACCGCCGCCACCGCCACCGUCGAAGAGUGUGCCCAAGUUGAAGGAAACAUUCCCGGUCCUUGCGGUCCCAUCACAAGCCGUUAGUACUUCGAGCUUCAGCCCCAGUCCCACUCCCCAGUAG